ACAUAAAGUUAUGAACAAGGACACAUUUUAACAAAUUGAAUGCAGAUUGUGACAAUGCAAUAAUGGAGUAAAGUGGUUUAAAAAAUUAACCAAACGGGGAAAAAACGAACCAAAGACAAUUAGUUUUUUUUUUAUUUUUAUUAUUAUUAUUAUUUAAAAAUCUUAAUUUGAAAAGUAUAAAAAGAGAGGUACAUGAACCAAAUUAGGAAAAGAAAAAAAGAAGGAUAAAUUAGUAUAAGAUCUCAAUAAUUAAGAUAAUUAGGUGAUCUAAAUAAUAACGAAGAGAAUAUGUGGGGUUUGUGUUAAGGCUUAAGAGCGGUCUCCUUCGUACGUUAUUUCUUUUUGGUGUUCUUUUUUCUUUUUUGGUUUUAUUUAAUUUGAAUUGAAUGGUUAAUUUAUUUAGAGGCAUGGGAUGAUAUUACUAUUGGGUUGGGAGUUGUGAGUGCAUGUGCCUAAUUGCCUUUUCCCUUCCCUCUGUUUUCUUCAAGAAUCAUAUCUCUCUCUCGAUCUCUCUCUCACACACACACACACAAUUCAUCAAACUUCCGUUUGUUUCUUUCUCUCAACAUGAAUCCCAUCUCCCCUCUUCCUUCUUCUUCUUCUUCUUCUUCUUCUUCUUCUUCUCAAACGCCCAUUUGGGUAUAUUCAUACAUCAAGCUUCGAUUUUUCAAUCGAAUCCGACGGUUCCUUCGUUCCAAAACGCCUAAGAAGCCAUAUGUCUCAACCAAGGAAUCAAUCAAUGUUACACCAACUAGUAAUGAAGUUAUGCAAGUUGCAGAUGCUGGUUGGGACUGUAAUAGUAGAGUUGAAGGUGGCGCCGGUGUAUCUGCGGCGGCGUUGCGGAUGACAGUUAAGAAGCUUCACUUUGGGAGCUGGGAAGAGAAGGAGAUUGCAGCCGAGAUGAUUGAGAAAAUGUCUAAAGAGGACGUUGAGUUGAAAAAGUUAAUGGUGGACCUCCGGGUUGUACCCGCCUUGGUUUCGAUGGUGGCAUCCGACGCCGUGGGGCGGCCGGAGGUGGCUGUUAAAGCGUUGCUUGAGCUUGCUAAAGGAAGCUUCGAGAACAAGGCCCUCAUGGUGGAGGCAGGAAUCUUACACAAACUUCCAAGUAAUAUCCAAGCCAUGGAUGAAUCAGCAAAACAUGACUUUGCAAGAUUGCUGUUGUCACUGUCAUCUCUGAUCAAUUCCCAUUUCACAAUUGCCUUACAGACGAAUGAAAGAGGAAUCCCCUUCCUUGUGGACAUUCUUGAUUCAACCUCAAAUUUCGAGACCCAAAAAUGCUGCCUUGAAACUCUCUAUAACAUCUCCACAGUGCUAGAAAAUGUAGGACCUCUGGUCUCAAAUGGUGUGGUGCACAUCCUCUUGAAAAUGUCCUCAUCCAAAGGCCUUUCGGAUCGAGCACUCGCAGCAUUAGGGAACUUGGUGGUGACUUCACAGGGAAAAAGGGAAAUGGAGAGCAGCCAAAUGGUCCCGGAUAGUCUUAUAAAGAUUAUGACAUGGGAGGACAGACCAAAAUCUAUAGAGUUAUCUGCUUAUAUCUUAAUGAUGUUAGCACAUCAGAGCUCAGAACAGAGAGAGAAGAUGGCAAAAUCUGGUAUUGUCGCCGUGCUUCUUGAAGUGGCAUUACUAGGUAGUCCAUUAGCUCAAAAGAGGGCCCUAAAGCUAUUACAAUGGUUUAAGAAUGAGAAGCAAGCAAAAAUGGAUCCACAUUCUGGGCCACAGACAGGAAGAAUAGUGAUUGGGUCGCCUGUAAAUCAAAGAGAAGUUCAGGAAGGGAGAAAAAUGAUGAAGAAUUUGGUAAAACAAAGCUUGUAUAAGAAUAUGGAGUUGAUUACUGGGCGAGCUAGUGCGGGAGACCCAGCAAAGCUAAAGAACUUGGUUAUUAGCACCAGUUCCAAAAGCUUACCUUUCUGAUGUUAAAUUUCUGUGCUCCACAACUUUUUUUCCCAUCAGAAGCACAAAAAUACUCUUCAGCAACGACCCUAAGAUUGCAGAAGAUGGUUAGAAUUAGAAGAAAAGCGAGUGUUGUCUGGAGAAGCAAGAAAAGAAUUUGCUUGAAGGAGCCUCUCAUUUUUGUUGUACAGCUCUGAUCACGUGGAAAAAUAAAUGACCCAAGAAUUUUUUGGUUCCAUUAUUCUUUGUAAGAAUUGAGCCGACAAAAACUCGACUUGAGUUUUUAAUCUGUUGCUCUUCUUGAUGUCAAAAAAUUUGGUAUUUUUAGGAAUUUAGGUAGGUAUUUUAUGAACACUGCCUAUUAAGAAAAUCUUUGCGAACGUAGACAAAUAUUUUCUCUUAAGAAUCUUGAGAAGUAGAAAUAUAUUUUCUCUUAAAGAAUCUUGAGAACCCUUCGGAAAGAGUUUCUUUUAUUUUUUAUGAAACAAUUUGUCAAUUUUCAUUGAGAAAGAAUGAAAGAAGUAGAUGGGUUUGCUUUUACCCAGCUAUAAAAUUAUUGAUA